AAGAGAGAGAGAUACCCAGUGGCAGGGGCGUUAAAUAACCACCUUCGCCGCUUCCAAAUUUCUACUUCUUUCUUCUUGGCUUCCCCUCCACUUUCCCUAGUCCAAAUCACAUAAGACACAUGGACAUAUAGAGGCAGAAAUUUGAUCAAAUAUAUCUAAAAUAAUACUCCCAUUCUUUUUUUCUUUUGUUAAUGAUUGAGUAAACCCAUGUAGUUAUAAAAUUACGUAUAAUUAUCAAACGGAAAGAGUUUCUAUUUCAUUUCAAAAGAUGUCUCUAAUGGCGGCAAGGACGAGGAUUACCAGAGCGCUCUGCAAUUUACCGCACAAACCAAAGUUGCAGGUGGUUCUUGGAAAUGGGCCUGAUGGCAUUUGGGUCGACCCAAUUGGGAGUCCGGUGUCAUCAUUUUCCACGUCGGCUGCUGUUCAGUCACCGGUAGAAGAGUCGCCGUCGAGGCUAUUUGGGCUAGUGAAAGAGUAUGAAGAUUAUAGAAGGGCUUUAUAUGGUGGGCUUACACAUAAAGCUCUUCUUGUUGAUGCUGUGGGUACCCUCGUUAUUCCCUCUCAGCCCAUGGCUCAGAUUUAUAGGCAAAUUGGUGAGAAGUAUGGAGUGGAGUAUUCUGAAGCUGAGAUAUUGAAAAGAUACAGAUGGGCUUAUGAACAGCCUUGGGUUAGAUCUAGGCUCAGAUAUGUUAACGAUGGAAGACCAUUUUGGCAACAUAUAGUUAGUUCUUCGACUGGUUGUUCUGAUUCUCAGUACUUUGAGGAGCUAUAUAACUACUAUACUACUGAAAAGGCUUGGCAUCUUUGUGAUCCAAAUGCUGAGAGGGUAUUCGAUGCUCUUAGAACGGCAGGAGUAAAGUUGGCUGUAGUGUCAAAUUUUGACACCCGACUGAGACCAGUGUUAAGGGCUCUGAAGUGUGAUCACUGGUUUGAUGCUGUAGCCGUGUCAGCUGAGGUAGAAGCAGAGAAGCCUAAUCCAACAAUAUUUUUAAAAGCUUGUGAGUUACUAGGAGUAAAUCCAGAAGAUGCUGUUCAUGUAGGCGAUGAUCGUAGGAAUGACAUUUGGGGUGCUAGAGAUGCAGGUUGUGAUGCCUGGCUGUGGGGAAGUGACGUUAACUCCUUCAAAGAGGUUGCUCAGAGAAUAGGUGUUGAGGUCUGAAAGGGUAGAUUGCUCUGUUACCAAAACUUAAUCGAUGCUUUCAGUGUGUAAAAAGCCGCUUCUUGUGUAUCUUCUCAUAAUCCCAUGUAUAUAUUCUGCUUUUGUAAUCAGUGUGAGACAGAUCACCAAGGCCUUUUGUUGGUGGGCAAUGUUUAGAGUGGAAUAAACAGGCUGUAGAACUUUGGUUUCUCAAUGCUAUAUUUGUUAGUUGCCUCUCUGGUUUA